AUGCGUUUCCUUUCAGCUACAUUGGCAUGGGUGAUAAUAGUCGUGCUGAUAGCUCUCAAUCCGACACCUGCGUCAGCGGUUCGCAACGCAUUCAACUUCUCUCCCAUGCCUGCUGGAAAGGUGGACCCGCGCAUGCUUGCUGGGAAGUUGCGCCCGGGCACGCCUGCUGGAAAGGUGGACCCGUGCAAGUCCAACCCGAAAGCAAACCCCGCGUGCGAUCCGUUCUGGGAGGACGUGGCCGUCAAGUACUCGCCGCAGUACAAGUUCCACCCGCUCGAGACCAUCUGGCCAAUCACGAUCGACGAGUACCUCAAGCACGUGACUGCCUCCAAAGGUUUUUAUACUGCGGGUGGUAAACAGCAGGAGGUUACAUACCAGGAGGGCCCGAUCACUCUCGACAACCUCAAUACAUUGCUGGAGAAUGUGAAUCUGAAGAGCGAGUUUAAAAAUACUGUCCUGUGGACUGGGGAUAAGUUAAGCUGGGCGAGCGACCCGGCACGCAACCCGAAGAACGGAGGCACGAAGCUGUACACCGUCAUUUACAAUCCGAAACCCGGCGACAAGAACUCGUUUGUGGAGAUUCAGUAUUGGCUCUUCUACCCUUACAACUAUGUCAACCGCGCUGCUGGGGAUUCGAACCACGUGUCGGACCUGGUGGCGAUUGCAAUUCGUUUCUCAAAGACCGGCCAGCCGCAGCGCAUUUGGUACGCGCAGCACGGCCACGGCCCCGUGUGGGCGUGGGACCAAGGGGCUGACUGGGCCGACAAAAAGUCAAAGAAGAAGUUUGCUACGGUGUUGGGAACGCUUCCCAUUGUGUAUGUCUCCAAGGAUAACCAUGAGCAUUACACUGGAGUUGGUGAUUUCAAUUGCAUUGUCCUUUGUUUCGAUCGCACGGCCAACGGACUCGCAUGGGCCCCCUUUGACAACCCGAAGUCCGCAUUCGAGUUUGUGCACGUGAAGAGCGAAAUGUCCGAUUUCAUGCCGAAUGCAGCCAGGGCGAAGCUAUUCACGGGGAGAAACAAGUGGAUGGCUUUCAAUGGGAAACUUGGUGGAUUUUUUGCGAAGAUGCCGUUCCCCUACACAUCGGGACUCAAAACUGGAGUGAGCGCGAUAUCUUCCAGAAGGACCAGGGGCAGUUCACUGCCAAACUAA